AUGUCGGAUUCCAAAGCAUUAAGUCAUCUUUUAAGCCUCCCCAACGAGAUUACCGUUAAAAUUUUUGGACAUACCAAACCAGAGGAUAUUUGCUCCAUUUCUUUAGCAAAUAGAAAGUUCUAUAAACUUUUCCACGACGACUAUGUCUGGCAGCUAAUGUGUAAUACCCAAUAUCCCACAAGUAGAAUCUUGGAAGCUCAAAAGGAUCUGGAUAAAGAUGGAACUUUGGGGCAAUUAUUUUCCACUAUUCCGGAGUCUAAAGCAGCCACAUCUUUACGCUUGUUAUACCCGAACACCCAUCUGGACGCAGAAUUAAGUAAUAACAAUGCACUAUCAACAGAAAGUAAUGAAAUGGUAUGGAAGAUUUUGUAUAAAUAUAUAUCAAAUCCAAUUAGCUAUAUUGCAAAAGAGCGAGGUAUUACUCUGUUGAAUUUUCUUGAUGGAUUAUUCGUUCGUGGUCAAAAACAUUGGGCAACAGAAAUUGGAGAAAGUGCAUACGGACAAAUCAUUCAUCUCUAUUAUGUGUGGUGGUUUGAUAUAAAAGCGGUUAUUAAGUGUGUUCAUCCUGGAACGUAUGAUAUUGUUUGGAGACUUAAGGUUGAUGAAGGAAGUUAUGGUUUAGGAGGGUUAAAUUUUAAGACUCAGGUUAUAGCUAAUAGUUACGACGAAGCAUUACAUACUCCUGAAAGGGUUGUUAGAGAAAUAAAUUAUGUUUCAAGUUCUUGGCUUUUCAAUGACGAUCAAUCAAAAGGAAUCUGGAUCGAGUAUUGCUUACCGUACCAAAUUGUUGUACCUGAAGAAAGAGUCAUUGAUGGAGAAUACAUUUGGUAUGACAUUAAAUGUAAAAUAUUUGAUACUGAUGGAUUUCAGAGAAAUGGUUUGUAA